AUGGUGAUUGGAAAAAUUCUCAACGAGCGCUCAUGUGCCAAGAAGUGGGCGCACAUCAACGUUGAGAAAGAAAUACAUACUAGGGUAAACGACCUUUUAAAUCGCAUAGUGUAUGGCAGAAACAGGGGUGAACAUCAUUCUUCAGAUCGUAUCCACACCCCAGAUGACUCAAAUGCCAAGGCCACUUCAAAAUGGAGAUGCUACAAUAAGAUAGCAGUGGAUUUGCUAAAGGAAUAUGUCCGGGCAUUUCAUAGAGAGAAAAAAAAAUGUCACCCCAUCGUGUACCAGGAAGAAAAACUACACAAUGGAGAAAAAAUGGAGGAAGGGAAAACACAAAGAGUAAAUGAUACAGGUGAGUGUGCGAAUGGGAGAAGUGUGGACAAGGGUGGAGACCGUUCCAUGCUUCAGCUAACACAACAUAAGGACAAAUCAGAUUUAAGAAAAAAAGAACAGCCGAGUAAAUACCUUACAGACAAUUCAAACAGCCGAAUGAAUACGAUUGUCAAUUUGGACCACCUGCAAUACAUAUGGCUCAAACACACAAUGAUUAUAUUUAAGCUGCUAAUAGAAAGUAACGUGAAGGUAGAGGAGAAAAGAAAAUUUGGGAUGACCAGCACAGUGCUGGUUCUACUCAAAAGGACAUUGAGGGGUAUGCCUCGGGGUUGUCCAGCGAAUGGACGUACCAGAGCCGAUAACGUCCUUUCUUGGGCCUACCUCUUAUACAAAGUCAAUAUGGUGGAUAAGGAGCUCAUUAUACAGAUGUGCCAUUUUUUUCAACCCCAGCUGAAGACACUGACUUCCAUAAAUAAAUUUCACCUCCUCAGUUGUAUGAGCAGUUUUCAUUCAUUGUCAAAGAGGUUCCUACGGGUAGAAAAUUAUCUACAGGGUUAUUUUUAUAAUUUGUUGAAGAUGGUGGACAAGCACGUACAGGAGGGGAGCGAAGCGGCGUACACACCAGCGGGGUUUGUGCAGCGGAGGGAUGAAGCAGCUGUAACAACGGCCGCCGCACCAACGUCCCACCAAUUUCUCUGCCCCAGCGAGCUGUGCCAAGUCCUGUUCAAGCGGAAGAAGCACCUGACCCAUUUGGACAGGACCAUUUUGAAAAACGUGCUGAACAGGCAAGUGGUCAACUAUGGGAAAGUACCCCCCUCCUGCUUUAAGUUUAUUCUAAAGACAGGCGACAGGGACAUGCAGAGAUUUUUAUUUGAGCGUAUAAUUGAGCACGUGGAAUUAUAUGAACAGGCGGAGCUGAACCACGUGUUGGGCAGCUUUGUUAAAAAGGAGGGGAUGAGAAGGAAGCUACAAGGGAAGCUAGCGAAGGGGGAGGAGUUGCAUCAGGCAGCGGAACAGGAUGAAGACUUUUCCACCCUCAUGCACAUUUUACUUGAAGCCGAUUUGCACAAUAUGAACCUCAAGCAUGUGUUCUACUUGUACGUCUACAUAAACAGAUUAUUGAAGAAGGAGUUAAGGAAGACCAUGUGGGGGCGCAAGGGAAAGGCUAUACAGGAGGAGCAUUGUUUAAGCCGCAUAACAACCCCAGAGGGAGAGGCCCAAACGAAUUACACCCAAAAUGGGCACACAAAAAGGGGACAAGAAGUGGACACCAAUCCUUUUCACUCAUUUGAGCAAAUAUGUGAAGCGGAAGAUUAUCAUGAGGGGGCAGUCCUGUACGAUGGAGAUCCGCACGGGGGGAAUAUUUCCCUCAUGAAUCAAGUGAAUGAAAAAAUUAUUCUCAUUUUAGAAAAAAAAAUAUACUACAUAAAAAUGAACAACCUAAUUACCCUCAUGUAUAACACAUGUCCAAUAAUUUCGCCCAAGCAAAUUGCUUUUUUAGAGGUCUGUUUUUCUCACUUAGUGGAGGAAAAGUACUUAACGUUUAAUUUGGCCCAGGUGUACCAUUCACUCUAUAAGCGCUUUGUGCAUAGCGGCAUGUGCAUGUCCCCACAGUACUCCAUCCAUGUAAGCAGGGAAAAGUGGUUGCACGACGCGCGUAUCGCCAACGGUGAGAAUGCAAAAUGGAUACCUGCAGUUAGGUCACAGUAUGAACAAAAAAUGGAGAAAAUUUUCAGCUACCUCAAGGAAAGGUAUUACCUAAAGAGGGAACAGGACAUGGGGGACAUCAGCACUUGUACUAUCCUCUUAAACAUUUGCCAGAAAUUUUUGCUAAACUUGCUCCUUUACUCCUUCCACAGGGAGCACUUAUCGGGUUAUGGGCACCUUAGGUGUGGAGGCGCGGCGGCCGUGCUCGACCUCAUACAGCACAUUUGUACACAUUUGCAUUUUGUAAUUGUGAGUACCCGGGGGGGGAUGGAAGAAGAGGGAGUCAAAGAUGAUUGUGAUGGAGAUCGCUAUGAUGAUGAAGAGGAACGCCGUCCCCUCCGCCGCAAACAGUUCGAGCUUGCGCUGGUGUACGGGCGUAACAUCGUGAGUCACAUGGACGCGUACGUGGACUCUGUGGAGCGCGCCUUUCAACUCUGCAGCAAUAGUGAGGACGGCAUACCUCUUGGCCACCUCAUCACUGCGCCUCCUGGGCUUAGCAAAAUCAACAACUCAGGUGGGAAACCUAUGCUCGGGGCAAUUACCCCCAAUGCAGUACCCCUGUGUAGCGACCAGGAUCUGCAGCAUGAUCCAAUCAACAUACAAAAUGUGCGUCACCUCAUGCACUACGUCACUUAUGUGUGUUCUUGUAUUCGUGAACGAAUGGACAAAUUUCAAGGAGAGAAAAUAUGCGGAAAAGGGCAGAAGCAGAGGGAGGUUGAUGGGAAAACCUGGUCCGGAGUGACCACACCGUUUCAUCACCAACGCGUUCACAAAAUAGAAAAAAAUAUGAUUUGUGUAUAA